GGCUCUUUUACACACAAAUAACACCAAAGACAGAGUCUUUGUGUCGUUUUGACCAACAAAACUUUAAUUGCAUCACCAAAAAUCCAGUGGGCGCCUCAUUAAUUUCCCUUCUUCUUUACAUCAAAAUAUUUCAUUACAGUUUCAUUUGAUUUCAAUCACACAAAGAUCCAUUCUUUUCUUCUUUGUCUGAAUGGAUUUUCAUAAUUCUGUUCUGGGUUUCCUAUGUUUCCUGCUGUUAAUUCUCCCUCAUUCUUCUUACUCUGUAAACACAAGACAAGGAGCUUUGUUUUCUCAAACGUUUGAUCCUAGUAGAGUCACUCAACUCUCGUGGACUCCCAGGGCUUUUCUUUACAAGGGGUUUUUGUCUGAUGAAGAGUGUGAUCAUCUUAUUGAUUUGGCAAGGGAUAAGCUAGAAAAGUCAAUGGUGGCUGAUAAUGAGUCAGGGAAGAGUAUUGAGAGUCAAGUCAGAACUAGCUCUGGCAUGUUUCUUAGUAAAGCUCAGGAUGAAAUUGUUGCUAAUAUUGAGUCCAGGAUUGCCUCGUGGACUUUACUCCCAAUAGAAAAUGGAGAGUCCAUGCAAAUACUGCACUAUGAGCACGGUCAAAAGUAUGAACCCCAUUAUGAUUAUUUUCAUGACAAGGCUAAUCAAGAGCUAGGUGGUCACCGUGUUGCUACGGUAUUGAUGUAUUUGUCCAAGGUUGAGAAGGGCGGAGAAACUGUAUUCCCUAACGCGGAGGGAAAAAUUACUCAACCAAAGGAGGAUAGCUGGUCUGAUUGUGCCAAAGGUGGCUAUGCUGUGAAACCCGAAAAAGGCGAUGCUUUGCUGUUCUUCAGUCUUCAUCUUGAUGCAACUACCGAUCCAGACAGCUUACACGGGAGCUGCCCAGUUAUCGAGGGCGAGAAGUGGUCUGCAACUAAAUGGAUCCACGUCAGAUCCUUCGAAAGAUCCUUUAUUCGGUUAGAAAAUGGAGAUUGUGUUGAUGAGAAUGAGAAUUGUACUCUGUGGGCGAAGGCCGGCGAGUGUAAGAAGAACCCUGACUACAUGGUUGGUACCGGUGGGGCCCACGGCUAUUGUAGGAAAAGCUGUAAGGCGUGCAAGUCUUAAGCAGUGCUCUUCCCAGUUUUCCCUUAGUUGGUUCAUUACACAGUGAAGGUUCAUACAUUAAGGAUGUAGAUAAAACACAGGCAGCGCCGCCGGACAUGUAUAAGAAUUUGAUAGUUAUUAUCAUAGGUACAGUUACAGAUUUAAAAAAUUAAAGUGUUAAAAUUUUAAGUUAUAGGAACCUUGUUUUUCUGA